CAUAUGAAAUUAAUAUGCAUAGCACAUUUUAAAGCAAAUGUUAUCUUCAAAUGGCAUGUUUUUUAUGCAGUGGAUGAAUAAACAAAAUAAGACUGAAGCUCUUUUUUGUAGGUUGGCCUCUGCUCAGCCAGUUUUGUUCUUCGUAUAGAAGUGUGGUAGACUGCCUUCUUGAUGCAUUCUGUAUUUCAUUUCAGUAUUGUCGGUUUGUUCUGUUUUUUAACUUCCUUGUGUCAUAGUGGAAGGACAUUCUUGGUUUCAUUUUUUUUUCUUCAUUUGUCUCAUAGGAAGUUUUUCCAAGAAAUGUCAAGCUGAACCUCACAAAAACAUGGAGAACCGGAGUCUGUGAAACAACAGAAUUGGUUAAAUUGACACUAAAUCUGCAUCACUUGUUUCAAAACAGCAACAGAUUUUCUGCCCUAGUGCUUGAUGCCAUCUUCAAGCGCCUUUCCCUUUUUCUGUUGCCAUCAUCGCCACCAAUAUGCUGGUGUGCCAUGAGGAACUGCUCACCGUUUGUACCGUUAAGCUUUUUGUCACCAAUAAAAGUGCAUAAAAAAACUUGGUGAGCUGAAGGAGGGGUACUCUCACUAUGAAGGACCGACUGGAGGAGCUGCAGCAGAAGGCUCAAGAGGCCCCAGCUGAGGGUAUGAAUCCAUUCUCAGUCGAGGAAGACGGAGAUGAAUCUGUGGUUGUCGGGAACAUCACACCUCAGGCUGUGGUGUUUGAGGAGGAACCAAUCAUUCCCAAUUUCCUCUCUGAGGCUCAGAAAAUCCGAGAUGACAUUUCAGUGCUGGAGACAGAGAUCCUUAAGUUUGGUCAGCAGCAAAAGACUCUGGUGGCAACAAUGCGUCGAUUCAGCGUGAUGAAAAAAGAGAGCAGCAUAACACGAGACAUCAAGCUCCAGGCUGAAAGCCUCCACCGGCGUUUAGACACCCUUUCAAAACAGGCCCAAAAAACUGAGGAGCAGCAUGGACCGACUGCUGUUACUGCAAGAAUACAACGUUCACAGUGUGCAGCUCUGCAGAGCAAAUUCCAGCAGGUGAUGCGCCAGUAUAAUGAAGGUCUGCUGACCAAGCAGGAGCGCUGUAAGCAGUUCAUUAUCCGGCAGCUGGAGGUAUCGGAAAAGAAUGUUACAGAGGAGGAGGUGAAUGAGAUGGUCGCCACAGGAAAAUGGGAGGUGUUCAACGAGAACCUGCUAAACGAUGCCAAGAUCACACGUUCACAACUGUCAGAGAUCGAACAGCGGCACAAGGAGCUGUUGAGCCUGGAGAACAAUAUGAAAGAACUGAGAGACCUUUUCAUGGAUAUCUUCAUGCUGGUAGAGGAACAAGGAGCCAGUAUCGAAAGCAUCCAAAGCAACGUUGAGCGGACUCAGGACUACAUAGCUGUAACUAAUGAGAAGUUUAAGGCGGCUGCGAGGUAUAAAAAGAAGAACCCAAUUCGACAGCUGUGCUGCUGCUGCUGCCCUCCCUGGAGAUGCUGCUUGUGAAAACGUCCAGGUUUCCCCUCAGAGACGGCCUCAAAUAUGCUUCCAAGAAAGUUUCACUUACCUGUGCAAAACAGUGGUGAUAUUAAAGGGAUGGUAAUAGUGUUGCAGUUGUAGCUGCUGGACGGAGCAUUGGUGUAUAGAGAAGCUCAGCAGAGCACAGAAAACAAUUAGGAGGGUGAGGGCUCGAGUUUGUAUGGGAAGCACUUGUUUCUUUCAAGAGGAGAUGAAGCAGCCGCUAUUGAAAGAGACAGGUUGGAGAGUGCUACUCACCAACACUGUUGCUUAUUGGAGACCUUCRCUGUCAUCUGACAGAGGUCACAAAGGAGAGGGUUGGGGGAGGGGUGUUAAUACUGCUGCAUCAGCGAAACUUGGUAGUCGCCAUUUUUCUUGUAAAAAAACAUUCCCUUUUUUUCUGCCAGAGGAGCUUUUGUUAAUGAGGGCAGAGUUUUUAAACAGGGCAUGCACUUUAAGAUCUUUUUUUUUUUAAUUCUCAGCAUAAAACUAAAAUUUAACAUAA